CCCAAGUUAUGAAAAUAAUAUUGUUAAAUCAAAGAAUAGAACAGUUGGAACACUGUCAAAAAGAAAUGUUUGGCAGUUUAGUGAUCAGUUUCGUUAAUGCUCCUAUGGUACCGGAACUGGAGAACACCAACCUGAAGCAAGUGGAGUACUAUGUGGAUGUUUGGGAUAAGGAAACAAACAGGACGCCUAUUAAACCUAAAAGAACGCUUUCAUUUGACGAGGCUAUCAGAACACCAAAUCCGGAACAAGAAAAAAGGAGAGCUAGUGCACUAUUGGAUGAACUUCUUGUGGAAAUAUACAACAACGCAAAUAACGGUACCACAGAUUACUAUUCGACGUCUGGAAAAAGCCAGAGAAGCGUAUGGCUAGAAGUAGUGGAUCUGCAUGAGAAAGACACCCACGAACUCUUGGCAAUCCUGUCCUGCCUGCGCGUCCACGUCCAACGCGCCGGCAGCGUCCUGGCGCGCCAACUGAAGCGUCGCGACGCCCUCAGGCGCCGGCAGCAGGUCCGCUGUGACGUCAUCGACAGGAUGCUCCACAGUUUCGGUGCCUCUGAUAGUGUAGAUAUGAAGUUUACAAUAAGACCUACGCCUAGUGAGUCUGGCUUUAGCCAAUGGGUGGCCGCCAUGAAAAUGGUGGCACAACUUCCGGGAGGAAUACCGCCAGAAUUCAGAAGGAGAUUGUGGCUAACCAUGGCUGAAAGACACCUAGCAUCACGAAAUGUGAACUGGCCAGAAGUCGAAAAAUCAUGCUUCAGUGAAUGGUCACACCCUGAAGACGGUGAAUUAGGCAUUCAGAUAGUGAAGGACCUUCACAGGACAGGCUGCAGCUUAUUUUGUGGUAAGGACAACCAGGAGAAUCAAGCCCUACUCAAGAAAGUCCUUUUAGCCUACGCUAGAUGGAAUAAAGCAGUUGGCUACUGCCAAGGCUUCAACAUGCUGGCAGCCUUACUUCUUCAAGUAACAGAUCGUUGUGAGAGCGAAGCCUUGAAGUUGAUGAUCUACCUAAUAGAAGGCGUACUACCAGAUUCCUAUUUUGCUGACAGUCUGCGCGGACUGUCAGUUGACAUGGCUGUGUUUAGAGAAUUGCUACGUAGCAAACUGCCAAGACUAUCUAAGCAUUUGGACCUGUUACAAACGGCAGCCAAGGAUGGGUCCAGAAGCUAUGAACCACCAUUAACUAAUGUUUUUACCAUGCAAUGGUUCCUAACAUUAUUCUGUAAUUGCCUGCCACAACCUACAGUUCUACGCGUCUGGGACCUCAUAUUUCUUGAAGGAAACGAAAUACUACUACGUACAGCCCUAGCAAUUUGGCAGGUCCUAGCCCAAAGAAUCCUAGAAGUCAGAACAGCUGAUGAAUUCUACUGCCUCAUGGGAGUCCUAACAAGGGAACUUCUAGAGUCCAACCUAAUCGAUGCCAAUACCUUGAUCAAAGCCAUCGUCACUGUAGGUCCUCUCACCGAGCUAAAGAGUCUGAGAGAUCACUAUUUGUACAACAUCACUCCUUGGGGAACUUCAGUACCACAAAACACCGACAGACAAGUUAGUCUAUACCCAAAAACCAUUCCUCUUGACAUAAGUGCUUUGAAGAAACAAUACGUCAAGCUGAAACAAAGACAGCGGCAGGCUCAUAUUAUUUUUUCCGCUGCUAUAUCAAGACAACCAUCCCAACCUACUCCUAUAGCUAUGAACCAUCUUCUUCUUGGUAAAAAUGCUCUAGUUCCAUCAAAAAGACCUGGACCUCUAAAAGGAAGUAUACCACCGGCAAGACAAGCUCCUCCAAGUACCAUUCAAUGGAAGGACACUCAAAAACAGACGUCUAGUUCGAGCUCAAGCGAUACAGAACUGUGUGACGAUGAUGUUCAAAGCUCUUCAGAAGAUGAACAAGAAGAACAGGCAAAAGAAUCAAAGGAACAAGUUAAAAUUAGUGUUGCCAGUGCUUCAAAGGACAAUCUAGAAGUUGAAGAUACCAACAGAGAUAGUUUGAGUGCCUCUCCUAUAAACGUAAAGUUUACUUCUGAUUCCGAAGAUGAUAAUUCAGAGUUUGAGCAUUUUCUGGCUGAUAGAGUCUCGGGUUUAAAGCAGGAAGAGCUCAGAUUGAACACUAGAAGGAACAGCGAGAAGGCCUUGCAAAUAAUACAAGAAAAUUCGCUUAUUUUGCAUAGAAUCAUGCAAUGUCAGUCGAGAUUGUCACCUUCACCACCUCCUUUUGCUUUUGCUGAGAGUUCUGUGGUGUAUUCUCCACCUCCAAUAGCUUUGGAGGAAGAUAUAACUGAACCUACCUCAUCAUUAUCCAGUUAUUGUCCCUUAGAGAAUGGCAUAGAAGUGAGUAAAGAGGAAAAAAUGGAUAGUGUAAGCUCCUGGAUAGAGAAUCAAAACACUUCAAGGUACCACAGUAUUUUGGAGAAAAGCAAGAGCUUGGAUGAACGUUAUAACAACUUAAUAACUCAAGUAAACAAAGAUUUGAAACAAAAUAGACUAGGGGGGCUUCACGAAAGCAAGUCAGAGACACCUGUAGGGUCGAAUAUCGAAGAUAUCUUAACUCCAAUAUGCCAGGAUGAUAUCAAUUUCUUCGAUCCACUUCGGGCUAAGACAGACUCUGAAGAAACCAUAACUUCUGCUUCGAAACUUGAAGACAGUAUUUCUAAUAAACUUAUUAAAGAAAACUUGGAUCUUUUGAGGAUUUGCUCUGUGAGCAAGGCUAAGGAAAGUGCUGAAAAGUCCAAGAAGCUUAUAGAGGAGAAUGUUAGUUUGCUAGAAUCUAUAUCUAGUGAAAAAAAUAAUAUUAAGGACUCUUUAAAGCUUGAAGAAAGUAAUGGUAAUGUUGAAACAAUUUUGGAGGUUGAUAAAGAGGGUGAUGAAGCUUCAGGUAGUAAUUUCUUAAAUUUUGAAGAAUUUCCUGGACUUACAGAAAAAGAUAUUCAAAAUUCAGAUGGUUUAGAUAGUUUCCCUAAAGAUAUAUCCAAUCAAAGCGUCCAUUCCUUAGACUUACCAAUCAGAAACUGUCUAAAUACUGGUGGUUCCUCACCAGAAACACAUUCUGCCGAGUCAGAAACUAAUCAAUCUAAAAUUCACUGUGAUAAGGAGUCGAAGUCUUUUGACAGAGCUAGUCCUUGUUCGUAUUUAAGUAGAAGUCUUUUGGAACAGUCUUUUCGAAAAAGUCCCAAUGAAGAAAAAUCUCCUAGUCAUAUAUUUAAUCCAUUUCCAAUCAACCUGAGCUCCAGACAAAACAAAGAGGUUGCAUUAAAGUUGGGAUUGUACAAAAAAUCAAAAGAAAAAGUUAAAAUUAAUGGUCCUAGUGCUUCAAAGGACAAUCUAGAAGUUGAAGAUGCCAACAGAGAUAGCCUGAGUGCCUCUCCAAUAAACCUCAAGUUUACUUCUGAUUCCGAAGACGAUAACUCAGAAUUUGAGCAUUUCCUGACUGACAGAGUGUCGAGUUUGAAGCAGGAAGAGCUCAGAUUGAACACUAGAAGGAACAGCGAGAAGGCUUUACAAAUAAUACAAGAAAACUCGCUUAUUUUGCAUAGGAUCAUGCAAUGUCAGUCGAGAUUGUCACCUUCACCACCUCCUUUUGCUUUUGCUGAGAGUUCUGUGGUGUAUUCUCCACCUCCAAUAGCUUUGGAAGAAGAUAUAACUGAACCUACCUCAUCAUUAUCCAGUUAUUGUCCCUUAGAAAAUGGCAUAGAAGUGAGUAAAGAGGAAAAAAUGGAUAGUGUGAGCUCCUGGAUAGAGAAUCAAAACACUUCAAAGUACCACAGUAUUUUGGAGAAGAGCAAGAACUUGGAUGAACGUUAUAACAACUUAAUAACUCAAGUAAACAAAGAUUUGAAACAAAAUAGACUAGGGGGGCUUCACGAAAGCAAGUCAGAGACACCGGUAGGGUCGAAUAUCGAAGAUAUCUUAACUCCAAUAUGCCAGGAUGAUAUCAAUUUCUUCGACCCACUUCGGGCUAAGACAGACUCUGAAGAAACCAUUACAUCUGCUUCGAAACUUGAAGACAGCAUUUCUAAUAAACUUAUUAAAGAAAACUUGGAUCUUUUGAGGAUUUGCUCUGUGAGCAAGGCUAAGGAAAGUGCUGAAAAGUCCAAGAAGCUUAUAGAGGAGAAUGUUAGUUUGCUAGAGUCUAUAUCUAGUAAAAAAAGUAAUAUUAAGGACUCUUUAAAGCUUGAAGAAAGUAAUGGUAAUGUUGAAACAAUUGUGGAGGUUUAUAAAGAGGGUGACGAAGCUUCAGGUAGUAAUCUCUUGAAUUUUGAAGAAUUUCCUGGACUUACAGGAAAAGAUAUUCAAAAUUCAGAUGAUUUAGAUAGUUUCCCUAAAGAUAUAUCCAAUCCAAGCGUCCAUUCCUUAGACUUGCCAAUCACAAACUGUAUAAAUACUGAUGGUUCCUCACCAGAAACACAUUCUGCCGAGUCAGAAACUAAUCAAUCUAAAAUUCACUGUGAUAAGGAGUCGAAGUCUUUUGACAGAGCUAGUCCUUGUUCGUAUUUAAGUAGAAGUCUUUUGGAACAGUCUUUUCGAAAAAGUCCCAAUGAAGAAAAAUCUCCUAGUCAUAUAUUUAAUCCAUUUCCAAUCAACCUGAGCUCCAGACAAAACAAAGAGGUUGCAUUAAAGUUGGGAUUGUACAAAAAAUAAUGAGAGCCUGAUUCAAUCAUAGACUCACAGGAGAAAAUGAAAAAGACUUGAAGAUUUUGAAGAAAGAAAACACUGCUGUAACGUUUUUUCGACUUGUGAACAUGCUCUACUAGUUUAUUUAGAAUAAUUUUUAAAAAUACAUGUUCUAGAUUAUUUCGUAUCUCAAAAGCACUAAUUUACUCAUGAGAAUGCAAUAAAAAAAAUCAAAAUAAAGUUUCUAAGUAAUUGAAAAAAGGAAAUGAAGAACUUGCCACUCCCUCCGAAAACUCAAUUUUAAGAUUUCUAGAUUAAUCUAAGGUGACAAAAUGGAUGAAGUGAAAAUAUUAUUAUUGUACGUAAAAACCCAGGUCAAUGAAAAUGCUAAGUAAUAUAUUUUCCUUUACAUAAUGUUGUUUACAGAAAUGUU